GCCACCGCCCCCAGCCUAGGUUAUGUUUUAAAUGCAUUCUAGUUUCUCUGGAUUUCUAUUUUGAAACCUGCUUAUUAGUUUGGGACAAUCCCUCAGAGAGCAAUAGGAAAAUUUCAUCUAAAUCUAACUGUAUUCAUAGAGGAAGCCUUGUGUGUUUUUUAAAACAAAGUUUUUGUUUAUAUUUAAGGUAUAGAACAUGAUCUUAUGAGAAUGGUUACUGUAGUGAAACAAAUUAACAUAUUCAUCAUCUCACAGUUACCCAUUUCCCCCCUGUGGUGAGGACAGCUGUAAUCUACUCAGCAACAAUCCUGAAUGCAAUAUACUUUAUUAACUAUAGUUCUCAUGUUGUUCCAAGUAUUCUGAGUGUUUCAGAUAGCAGAGGAUGAGAGGGACAAGGUGGUGGUGGCACUGGGCAUCUCAACCAAGAGCAAAGUGAAGGCAUUGAGGUGAUGGAGGAGGUCAAAGAGUGAGGGAUGGCCUGGGGACUCGCCAUGGGGCUUUGAACAUAAAUGGUUUAAAAUGUUAAUGUGAACUGAGUGAACUGAUACCUCCCCUGCUGGGACACGUCCUUAUAGGAACUCAUGGAGUCAGAAGCUGGGACCAACAGGACCGCUGUUGCUGAGUUCAUUCUGCUGGGCCUGGUGCAAACAGAAGAGAUGCAGUCUGUGGUCUUUGUGCUCUUCCUCUUUGCCUAUCUGGUCACAGCUGGGGGCAACCUCAGCAUCCUGGCAGCUGUCUUGGUGGAGCCCAAACUCCACACCCCCAUGUACUUCUUCCUGGGGAACCUAUCAGUGCUGGAUGUCGGAUGUAUCACUGUCACUGUGCCUGCAAUGUUGGGUCGUCUCUUGUCCCACAAGUGCACAAUUUCCUAUGAUGCCUGCCUCUCCCAGCUCUUCUUCUUCCACCUUCUGGCUGGGAUGGACUGCUUCCUGCUGACCGCCAUGGCCUAUGACCGAUUCCUGGCCAUCUGCCGGCCCCUCACCUACAGCACCCGCAUGAGUCAGACAGUCCAGAGGAUGUUGGUGGCUGCGUCCUGGGCUUGUGCUUUCACCAACGCACUGACCCACACUGUGGCCAUAUCCACACUCAACUUCUGUGGCCCUAACGAGGUCAAUCACUUCUACUGUGACCUCCCACAGCUUUUCCGGCUCUCCUGCUCCAGCACGCAACUCAAUGAGCUGCUGCUCUUUGCUGUGGGUUUCAUCAUGGCAGGUGCACCUUUGGUUCUCAUCAUCACCUCCUACAGCCACGUGGCAGCUGCAGUUCUACGAAUCCGUUCCGUGGAGGGCCGGAAGAAGGCCUUCUCCACCUGUGGCGCCCACCUCACUGUGGUUUGUCUUUUCUAUGGAACAGGUAUCUUCAACUACAUGAGACUGGGUUCAGAGGACGCUUCGGACAAGGAUAAAGGGGUUGGAGUUUUCAACACUGUUAUCAACCCUAUGCUGAACCCUCUUAUCUACAGCCUCAGAAACCCUGAUGUUCAGGGUGCUCUGUGGCGAAUAUUUUUGGGGAGGAGAUCACUGACCUGAGAGGUGAUGGGGUCCUUCCUUUCCUGCCUUUUCUGGACUGAGAAAAAUUUCCCAUGAAGACAGUAACCAGGAAGAAUUCAGCCAGAACUAUUUUUCCUGUCUCCUGAUGCUUGAAGAUGGGUGUUACGUAUUUGUCCUACUAGGAAACGUUACAUAAUUUAUUCAUUCAACAAAUACUUAUUAGAUUACCUCUGUGAUCUGGACAGUCCUCCAAGGCAUUGGUGAACAAAAUGGACGGAAGUCUCUGCACUCACGCAGCUCACAUGCUAUAAAAGUAGACAAAAUAAGUAAGCAUCAUACAUACCGCAUGAUGAUAAUCUCUGUAGAGAUGAACAAAGAUGUUAAUAUGAAGUCAGCUUCUACCGGGCAAGCCCUGUGGGCAAGUUUUACCCUGUUUUUGGCUGUGCCUACUUUCUGGGUAGAGUUAAAGCCUUGUAGUUCUGUGCGCCUGGAAAGUAACAAACGUCCUACAAAGAAUGUCCAGUCGGUCAGUCACAGCCUAAGUGACCAAGAGUAUUUCUGCAAUAUUUCCUUCUGGUUAGGACGUGAGAUUCCCUGCAGUUCAGAAUAGGGGAAGUUUUUUUGUUUGUUUCUUUGUUUUGUUUUGUUUUAUUGUUGUUUUGUUAAAAACUUGUUAAAAAGUUCUUUAGAAAACCAAAACCAUGGGCCUAGUGCGAUGGAUUAUUUCACCUUCAUUUUCGUCUCUCCGCUGCCACAUAAGAAUCCUGCUGGAUGUUGACUGGGCGCGGUGGCUCAUGCCUGUAAUCCCAGCACUUCGGGAGGCUGAGGCGGGCGAAUCACGAGGUCAGGAGAUCGAGACCACCCUGGCUAACAUGGUGAAACCCCGUCUCUAUUAAAAAUACAAAAAUAAAAUUAGCCGGGCCUGGUGGCAGGCACCUGUAGUCCCAGCUACUCAGGAGGCUGAGGCAGGAGAAUGGCGUGAACCCAGGAGGCAGAGCUUGCAGUGAACUGAGAUCGUACCACUGCACUCCAGCCUGGGUGACAGAGCGAGACUCCAUCUCAAAAAAAAAAAAA